UCAAUUAGUUAUCACAUCCAAAGUGAGUCUAGGUUGCUGACCCAGAUAGAUCAGAUCAAAUUUUAAUAUUUUAGAGUGAUUUGAACUAAUUAGGUAUAAAAACCUGAAAGCUAUUGAAGAAAAACAUGAAAAUGUAUAGUAAAAAAAUGAUAAAAAAUAGAAAAAGCAUCCAAAGUGAAUCUAAGUUGCUGACCCAGAUAGAUCUGAUCAAACUUUAAUAUUUUAGAGUGAUUUGGAACAAUUAGGUAUAAAAACCUGAAAGCUAUUGAAGAAAAAUGUGUAAAUUUACAGUAAAAAAUUGACAAAAAAAUAGAAAAAGCAUCCAAAGUGAGUCUAAGUUGCUGACCCCGAUAGAUCAGAGCUUACUUUAAUAUUCUAAAAUUAUUUGGAUCAAUUAGGUAUAAAAACCUUAAAGCUGUUGAAGAAAAACCUUUAUUUGUUGAUGGUAAAACUUUAAUUUGUUGACGGUCCCUAACUAUGCCCAGAGCGAAUGUCUGUCCAAUAUCCAAUAUCCAACUAACUUCACCUCGGUGUGUGGAAUAUCGAUGAUUUUGGAUUUAUUCCACAGUUCUUAAUAGCUUUUCUUCUCAGCUAAAUACAGGACAGGAUAAAAAAAAAACGAAUAAAAAAAUGUAAAUUUCAAAGAAAGAGCGAACAAAAAAUAAAUAGGAUUUAAACACCAAUUUUUAUUAAAUUUUCACAGUCUCGUUCGGGUUUUUAUACGAACAUGUGAACAUCUUCCGGCUUUUAAUUUCUGUACAAAUGGUUUUACUAGCUAGUGCCGGUUUUGUGUUUAUAUGUGAUAUAGUCGUCCAAUCAGUGAGCUUAUCUAUCUGCCUUCGUCAUGGAGCUGUCCAAUCAGCUGUCAGCUGCGUUGUAGACUAAGCCAGCGACGCUCUAACUUCCUGCUAGACUUGGCUGCGGUUUUAGAGGAUACUGACGUGGGCAACCGCCGACUCUGUCAUUCAGUGUAGUUUAUGAAAAUGAUGUUUGAGUUCUGACAGUGAGACGGGUUAAACUCGAACCGAACCGGUGAACUAGGCUUCGGUGGCCACAAUGCGUCCCUCGGUCGGAGGCGGACAUGGACGGGACAGCAGAACUGUGGUGGUUACGCUCGCCGUCGUGUUGCUGUGGUCGCUCGGAGUUGCUGCCAUUCAAGAGGAACCCAAAACACUUCAAGAGCACAAACAACAACAGGAAAACGCCCCCAGCGCCCGGCCGGCUGAGCCCGCCGUCCCCGCCGAUGGCUCCAACAAAGCCAACCUGGGCUUCAUCCACGCAUUCGUGGCCGCUUUCUCCGUCAUCAUCGUCUCCGAGCUGGGGGACAAAACCUUCUUCAUCGCGGCCAUCAUGGCCAUGCGCUACAACCGGCUGACGGUGCUGGCGGGGGCGAUGCUGGCUCUGGGAAUCAUGACCUGUCUUUCAGUGCUGUUCGGCUACGCCGCCACCAUCAUCCCCAGAGUUUACACCUACUAUGUCUCCACCGCCUUGUUUGCCAUCUUUGGGCUGCGGAUGCUGAGAGAAGGGCUGAAGAUGAGUCCAGAUGAAGGCCAGGAGGAGCUGGAGGAGGUGCAAGCCGAGAUUAAGAAAAAGGAUGAGGAGCUACAACGCUCCAAACUUGCUAAUGGGACUGCAGAUGUGGAGGCAGGAACAGGGAUCACUCUACCUCAGACCAAGUGGUACAGCUUCAUCUCGCCGAUCUUCAUCCAGGCCUUCACCCUGUCCUUCCUGGCAGAGUGGGGCGACCGGUCGCAGCUGACCACCAUCAUUCUAGCCGCCAGAGAGAACCCCUUUGGAGUGGCAGUGGGCGGCACAUUGGGACACGUUUUGUGCACUGGGCUGGCUGUGAUAGGAGGCAGAAUGAUCGCUCAGAGAAUAUCCGUCAGAACAGUUACGAUCAUCGGAGGGAUCGUCUUUCUGGCGUUCGCCAUCUCGGCUCUGUUCAUCAAGCCAGACGAUGGUUUGUAACCUGGGAUGAAGGACUCGGUUUCUCUGUAAAUACGUGAAGCUGAAGUGAAGGGACGGCAGUGGGACCGGGUCUGUGUCCAGCAGACGUGUGAGGAUCCACGGCCGUCCUGCUUUCCCCCCGAAGGCCUUUUCUCUGAUCCACAAGUGUCUGUCCACUCAGGUAAAGACUGGCACAAACCAGGGCUCCAGCCUUUCAACUGCCCUCAUCCUGAUGCUUUAUUUAAGAAGCUCCACAUGGAAGCAGAAGACUCCGGGAUCGACAUGAAGACUGGACUCCUGCUCGAGGCCCACAUGCUGUACACUGUUAGGCAAUAAGUACAUUAUCAAAUACUUUAGUUUUCUUUUAAAUAAACGUUUUUUUUCCCACU